GGCUCAGGGGUCCUGAAGCUGCUGUGUUAUAUUAGCGUUAGCCUGUAGCGUCCUUCAUCUGUCGCCGGUUUCUCCGUGUCCCGGUUCUGCUCCCGGUUCUGCUCCCGGUUCUGCUCCCGCGUUCACCGAUAUAAUGGCUGUUCCUCCGGCGUACGCAGACCUGGGAAAGGCUGCAAAGGACGUCUUCAACAAGGGCUAUGGUUUUGGGACGGUGAAGCUUGAUGUCAAGACCAAGUCUGCUAACGGAGUGGAGUUUAAAACAUGUGGCACGUCUAACAUGGACUCAAACAAGGUCAACGGGAACCUGGAGACCAAGUAUAAAUGGGCCGAGUACGGACUGACCUUCACUGAGAAGUGGAGCACGGACAACACGCUGGGCACGGAGAUCAGCGUGGAGGACCAGAUCACCAAAGGACUGAAGCUGACCUUUGACACGACCUUCUCGCCAAACUCUGGCAAGAAGAGUGGCAAGGUGAAGACGGCGUAUAAGCGUGAAUACGUGAACGUGGGCUGUGAUGUGGAUUUCGACUUCGCCGGUCCUGCCAUCCACGGAGCGGCGGUGCUGGGAUACGAGGGCUGGCUCGCCGGAUACCAGAUGACCUUUGACACCGCCAGGUCCAAAAUGACCCGCAGCAACUUCGCAAUCGGAUACAAGACCGGAGACUUCCAGCUGCACACUAAUGUGUAAG